AAUCAGAGAAUAUGAGAAACCCAUUUUUUAUUUGUAAUCCUGAGAUUCACAUUCAAAAUCAGAACCUCCAUAAGUAAAGGUAAAAAAGUGUUUAUUGUGCCAACAAUACAAGCAACAUUUUGGGCUCCAGAUCUGAGAGGCUUGAGAAAGGGAUGGAGCCUGAAGCGUUGCCUGUAUUGUUGGCACAAUAAACACUUUUUCACAAAACUCUGUGUGCUGCAGCAUGUUGGAUUUUAUAGUAAUAUUUGACCCUUGGCAGUGGGCUUAGCAGUCAGCAGAAGUAUCCAUUUUGUCCUGAUAAGUAAAACAAAAUGCUUUUCUAAAGUACUAAAGUAUCCAAAAGUACUUUAUAAAUAUGCAUGUGAAGGAUACUAUAUAAUAGUAUGGUAGCAUAUAAGGCUUAGAUUAUAAAAUCUAUGGGUCAGGGACCUCCUUCUACUGUGUCUUUUAGCACAUGGCACUUAAUCUCUCAAUCUCUCUCUAUCUUUUCUACACAGUAGAACAACGCUGCAUGUUUAUCUAUUGCUUUAUAAAUAAACUUAUACAUACUUAUAAAAUGAGCACUAAUUUUAAAAUCUGUGUUUGGGAAUUCAGCUGCAGUGUUGUUAGACAUAUAUGUGAAAAUAGUACAGUGGGAAAACGCUUGUGUCCAGUUCAUGGAAUGAAUCCUGGGCUGAGUUAUUCCUAGCUGUGUGGUGCAGGUAUCAGAUGUCUUUUAGGACCCAACAAUGAGCUUGAGCAAAUAACAACGCAUGCGCAUGAGCCUUCUUUCCCCAGUUAGCUUGCUUUUGGCAGGACAGAGCACAGCUGAGAACUCUGAAAAACUCUGAGGGCUUCUGUUCUAUAGGAAGCACAGAAGUAAGACUCUCCACAGUCCAUGCCACAAAUGGAACAGAUUUGUUAGCUCCUGUGAAAAGAUUUGCCUGUCCUGGAUAUGCUUCCAUCUCUCUACAGCUAGACACAUGACUACAGUAUAAUCUGCACAGACACUAAUGGCUCCAGGUCACAGCCCCCGCUGGGGAAUCUCCUGCAUUCCAUUGCUGUACACAAUCCAUCCUUUCUCACAUUCCCAAGCAGGGGCUGCAGAACCCUAUACACUCAAACACUACUAUGUGAGAGCAGCACACUGAGGAUCUGCACUCACACACAGUGAUUUGGAUUUCUCAUGGACUUCUGAGAGGAUGAAGUGGUGAAACGAUGGGGCUGUCUUUGUCAGGAUUGCAUAAUGGCCAGAGAGGACUCUGUGAAGUGCCUUCGCUGUCUGCUCUAUGCCCUCAAUUUGCUUUUCUGGUUGAUGUCAGUUUGUGUUUUGGGAGUUUCUGCCUGGAUGAGGGACUACAUUAAUAAUGUGCUUACACUAACUGCAGAAACAAGGGUUGAGGAAGCAGUAGUUCUCACUUACUUCCCUGUGUUCCAUCCAGUGAUGAUCGCAGUUUGCUGUUUCCUUAUUAUUGUGGGAAUGUUGGGUUACUGUGGAACUGUGAAAAGCAACCUGAUACUGCUGUUAUGGUAUUUUGGAAGCCUGUUAAUAAUUUUCUGCAUUGAGCUGUCUUGUGGAGUAUGGACAUACGAACAGGAAAUUACGGCUCCAGUUCAGUGGUCAGACAUGGUCACUUUAAAAGCUAAAAUGCCAAACUAUGGGUUUCCUAGGUACCAGUGGCUGACAAAUGCAUGGAAUUUCUUUCAAAGGGAAUUCAAGUGCUGUGGCGUGGUAUAUCUCACAGACUGGUUAGAGAUGACAGAGAUGGAUUGGCCUCCUGAUUCUUGUUGCGUUAAAGAAUAUCCAGGCUGCUCCAAACAAGCACAUCAUGGAGAUCUUAGUGAUCUAUACCAAGAGGGCUGUGGAAGAAAAAUGUACAGUUUUCUGAGAGGAACCAAACAGCUGCAAGUACUACGAUUUCUGGGAAUUGCUAUUGGUGUUACACAAAUCUUGGCUAUGAUCCUAACAAUUACCCUGUUGUGGGCUUUAUAUUACGAUGGAAAAGAUCCAGGCACAGGUCAAAUCAUGCCACAGAUUCAUGACACUGUACAACCCCAAUGUCACACAGUGGAACUUUUAAAACCUAAAUUCACAAGGACUAAUGAACAAAAAACUACAGCUAAUGGAUUUAAUGCACACUUAGAAAUUAAGCAUUUGUGAUUACGUAAAACACCUCUCAUUUCUGCACCAUCUCAUACCAGCUUUCUGUGCAUAAUGGACUCUUUUGCCACCUAGUGAUGUUUCUUUGAAAAAGAGAAGAUGAAGUGAAAAAAGCUUUUGUUUAACAUUAGACGUGAUUUUUCUAGUAAUGCAAAUAAUGUUUCCUCUGUGGAAUGGAAAAGAUUUGGCCAGGCUUAAAAAUUAGAACAACUAAACAUUCAAGCAAUAAAGGGAAUGGCUGUGAAUUAUUCAUGGCUUUGCUCUUCACUGAAGUAUUCUCUAUUAGUCUAGCUUAUCAAAUAGCAAUUCUCUGCUACAGUUUUACACCAAUUUAGAGGAUCAGACUAAUGGGCCUCACACCUCCAAAAGCACCAAAUCUGUGUGUGUGGAAACAGAGAGAUGUUUUUAGAGAACUGAAUUAAUUUUAUAAACAAAUGGCAAAGGUUUAUAUCAUUCAGCAUACUGACUAAUGCAAAUAAUGUUAAAGGAAUAGAGAUACUGGGGACAUCAGUAUUAGGCUUGUAUUUUAAGAAUGCAGGAGAUAUACAAAAGGGUUGCUUGGAUAGACCACUCAUUAAGGAAACUCCUUCAUUGUUAAGCAGUCAAGUCAGAAAAUACAUAUGACUGCAAAAAAAUAGACCAACCUGAUCUCUGGAUCUGUACAACUAACAGUUAUGCCAUUUAAGCUGGCCACAUGAGGAUUUCAUGCAGGUGGUUCAUUAUGUAUUAAUUGUCCAUUGGUCCCUGUUUGGGGUGUAACACACACUUUCCAUCAAACUCUGGUGCAAACACUUAUUUUGGGCAAGAGAUAUAAACCAAUCACUGUCCAUGUUUCAUGCCUGGCCAAAUGAAAUAACUGCUGACUGACUUGUGUACCAGCUACAGUUUCUAGGAAGAUCAUUUGUCUGACUGACUUGUGUGCUGAUCAGUUCAGAUCUAAAAAUCUGACUUCUAUAGCACAAGCAUAGAUAGCAUCGAAACAGAUAAGGAAAAGAGACAUGGUGAGGUAGAGUUUUUAUUUAUCUGUGAAGCACUUGAAGUAAUGCCAUGGAACAAACGUUUAAGUAUUUCCAGAUGUCAAAUAAUAGGCUAAUGUCAUAUUUAGAGUUUUGACAGGUUUAAGUAGCCAUGUCUUUUCUUUUAAAAGAAGUAGUGACAAAAUGCAUGAAAUCGGAAUGGUUUCAAUGCUGUACUGAAUGCCACCAAAAAAGAAAUGAAUGUGACAGUUACACCAUAAAUCUUCCACUUCCAUCUAUUUACAGUGGGAAUGCUUGAAGACAAUCACAUGCAUAUUUUUUCUACUACUUUUCCAGUAAAACAAAUACAGCUACCAAACACUGACAAAUCUCCUGGUGUGACCCUAGACUUCAGUAUGCCCAGUGAGCCAACAAACAUUAUUGAUUCAUUUUAAUAAAACGCAAGUAUUAAUACAGUAUUUUUACUACUUUUCAUUUAAUAGUUAAGCUGUUAUUACGCAUAAAAUAAAUAAUUUCUAAUGGAUGGUUUGCUUUUGUUUAAUGGAUCUUUAAACCAGAACUAAAGCCUAACGAAUGAAGUAUGGCAGAAAUGUUUUACAUUAUGUUUUAGGCUUCUGUAGCAGCCCAAGGCAACCACUGCCCUUUAGCAGGGAAGAUCUAUGUCUCCAAAGAUGCCCCAGUAGCCCCCCAUCUUCUUUUCUGCUGAUUCCCUGCACAUGCUCUGUGCUGCUGUCACUUACUAAGCUUAGGGAUUUACAUUAUACUUUAUGUAUAAGUGUCAAAAUAUGUCUGAUUAGUAAUUAAUAAAAAAAAUACUACAUGGCAGACACUUUCCAAGAUGGGGAGCUCCUGUGACAAGUGUAAAGGCCUGGAUCAUUGCUGCUACACCAUGUAUUGAGAUGCUGAAACUUUAUAUUGGUGAAGUAAGUACAGUCUAUAAAACAUUUUUAGCUAUAUUCAUUUUAGGGUUUAGUUCUCCUUUAAGGAGUGUUCCAAGGAAGCGUACGGUUUGCAUGUAGCCUGCAGUGCCAAAGCAGGCUCAUUCCAACAGCGCCUUUGCAACUUGUUCAUAACUUUAAAAGCAUCUUAGAAUGUGAUGCAUUUAGCCAGAGCUAAACCACCAAUGGUUAUGUCAUAUAUUGUAUACAGGUAUAGGAUCUGUUAUCCAGAAACCUGUUAUGCAGAAAGCUCAGAAUUACAGAAAGCCCAUCUCCCAUAGACUGAAUUUUAAUAAAAUAAUUCAAAAUUUUAAAACAUAUUUCCUUUUUCUCUGUAAUUAUAAAAAGUACCUUGCACUAGAUCCCAACUAAGUUAUAAUUAAUUCAAAUUGGAGGCAAAACAAUCCUAUUGGGUUUAUUAAAUGGUUAAAUGAUUUUUAGUGGAUUUGAGGCAUAAAUAUCCAAAUUACAGAAUAAUUCAGGUCCCAAGUAUUCUGGAUAACAGGUCCCAUACCUGUAUACAUACUGUAAAUCAUACAUCUGAAAAUAACUCAGAAAAUUAUUUUUUUUUCUCUCAUGUUAAUACUGUGGAAUAAUUAUGUCUUUAAGUUCACUGCCAAUAUAGCUACUCUCAAACAUUACUACUCUUAGGGGCACAUUUAUAAUGAUUCUAUAAGGAUUCUAACACAGUCAGAGGUUCAUCUUGACCUCAGUGAACGGUCUAAUAUACCAAAUAUUCUUUUUUCUUAUAAAACACUAGUUGAUGCCACUAUUAAACCAUAAAAGUGACUACUGAUGAAGUCGGAAUGUUUUUGCUUUUUUUCAUGUGGGUCUGCCUGGUCCACUUUGAGAAAAAGAAGUCAAUAUGUGGGGAAAUUGUUCUUUCAAGUCAAGCAUGGGAAAAGCUCAACAUUUGAUAAAUCUGUCCUUGCACAUAUAAGCCAUAUGUGAUAACUGUUUAUGCACUGUUCAUGUAUUUCAAGAGUAAUCUGCUGUAUGAUGUUAUCAGGGUCUGUACUGCACUAAAUAAUGUGCUGUACUAAGGUGUUUCUAGAAGCACAACAAAAUAAUCAUCUGUGUAUGUAUAAAGCUCUGUAUUGUACUGUAUGUAUAUUUAGUGCCUUUUUAUUAUAUUAAAAUGUUAGCCGUUGACUGACUAAGCUAAGCAUAUAGUUUUGUUCCUGUCUUUAUGGUUUAUGCUGUUUUAUUUUGUUUAUUUUUCAUUGCAUGUAUCUGUGAUCAAGGUUUUGGGAUUGUAUUUGUAAAAUGUUUCCUGAACAAUAAAACUAUAUGUCCACCCUUAUA